UUAGGCACUUCCCAGGUUGGAGGAUUUUCCCAGGAUACUGUUAGGUUUGCACUCCAGCACUGUGGUAUUCGCCACAUUGACACAUCAAAGUACAACAGCUUUGAGGUUCAGCUGGCUGAGGCUAUCAGAGACAGUGGGGUUCCCCGCAGUCAGUUGUGGAUCACUAAUAAACUCUGGCCACAGGACUAUGGAUAUGAAUCUGCUAAAGAGGCUUUUAGGAACUCUUGUCUUCAGAUGGAUGUAAAGUAUUUUGAUCUCUACAUGCUGCACUGGCCUGACUCAAUGCAACCUGGUCGUUCCAACAGAGAACUUAGAGCCGAGGCGUGGAGAGCUUUAGAAGAACUGUAUAAAGAGGGGUUGUGUCGUUCUAUCGGGGUUAGCAACUUCAUGAUUCCUCAUCUGGAACAGUUGAUGCAGGACUGCACUAUUGUCCCACAUGUCAACCAGGUGGAGCAUCAUCCGUACCAACAGCCCACAAAGUUGAUACAGUUCUGCCGUCGUGAGGGUAUAGCAUUUCAGGGAUACUGUCCUUUGGCUAAAGGUCAAGCCCUCAGUAACCCCACAAUUAUAAAGCUGGCAGAAAAGUAUGGACGAACACCUGCACAGAUCUGCAUCCGCUGGAGUGUUCAGAAAGGAAUCAUUACAAUUCCAAAGUCAACUAAAAGGGAACGUGUAGUGGAGAACUCUGAAGUAUUUGGAUUCCAGUUGGAAGAGGAAGACAUGGAGGCUAUUAACAACUUGCAUGAUGGGAGGCAUGUUUCCUGGGAUCCAACCAACGUAAAGUAACUCGAGAUGUGACAAGGUGUAAACCUAUUUGCAAUACCAGGAUUAUUGAAAUGAGUGCAAAAGUCGGCACACUGACACAUUCAGUUAGUUCAUAACUCCACAAAAACACUUUUUUAGCAAUCUGCUAUUCUCAUUAAGUUACAAAUCAGUGCAAGUUUCCAGAAUAAUGUGCAUGUUUGCAUGAGACACCUCUAUAUGUCUGCCAACCUGUUUUAAGAACCUAUGACUGAUUUUGACAAAUCAUGUAGUCUGUAAUAUCUUCUUUGGAUGCAGUUAUUAGGUGUGUAAUAGUUAUCAAGCCUAUCAUAUUCUUUCAAAGUCAGUUGCGUAAUGUUUAUUUUUCACAAAUGUUUAAGGAAAAGAAAAAAGUAGAUAAACAGAUUUUUUUGCAGCUAAACAUUAAUUUACACAAUUAUAUUU